AUGAGUCGUGAAGCAUGCUAACCUAGCAGUUUAAAGAUUCAAAAUUACAAAUGUGUGUGAGCUUUAGCUGUGUUGGUUAGCGAUACAAGCAGCGUACUCUGAAAUGACCUAAGGAAGCGGUAGCUUUGGCGUAUUCGUGGAACAUAACGAGUACCGGCAGAAGAUGAUAGAACCAGAGAUACUCACCGAGGUCCCUGCAGCACUGAAGCGGCUAGCCAAGCAGGUAGUGAGGGGUUUCUAUGGAGUGGAACAUGCCUUGGCCCUGGACGUGCUCAUUCGCAACCCCUGUGUACGUGAGGAGGACAUGCUGGAGCUGCUCAAGUUUGAUCGUAAACAGUUGCGCUCAGUACUCAACACCCUGAAGGCAGACAAGUUUGUCAAGUGUCGCAUGAGAGUGGAAACGGCCCCUGAUGGCAAGACCACACGGCACAAUUACUACUUCAUCAACUACAGGGUACUGGUCAACGUAGUCAAGUAUAAAUUGGAUCACAUUCGACGGCGCAUCGAGACAGAUGAGAGAGACUCCACCAACCGUGCCUCCUUCCGCUGCCCCUGCUGCUUCUCCACCUUCACUGACCUAGAGGCCAACCAGCUGUUUGAGCCCAUGACAGGUACAUUUCGCUGCACCUUCUGCCAGACGGAGGUAGAAGAGGAUGCGUCUGUGUGUUCUGACGGCAGGACACAGGUGGCACGCUUCAACGAGCAGAUCGAACCCAUCUACGCAUUGCUACGCGAGACCGAAGAUGUCAACUUGUCCCAGGACCUGCUGGAGCCGGAGCCCGCUGAGAUCCCCGCCCUCAGACAGAGCCGGGAACGUGCUGCAUUAGCCGCUGGAAUGACCGGUCCGCACCGUGAAGCCUGGUCCAACAGAGGCUCGUCCUACGGUGACCUGUACACCCAGAAUGUGGUGAUCAGCAUGGAGGAGCAGGAAGAGCAGCAGAGACUGGCCAAUGAAGGCAAGGUGACCAAGGAGAGGCCCGUAUGGUUGACCCAGAGCACCGUGACGGGCGCUUACAGCGAGCCGGAAGUCAUCAAGAGCCGAGACGACGUGGUACCCGUAGCCCCUGAUGGAGCACCUGCUGGAAUGGAUCAGUCAGAUGAAAAUGAGGAAGUGAUGCGCGCCCUGCUCAUCCAUGAGAAGAGGGGUGCAGCAGCAGUGGGAGGAGCUGGAGGCGGAGCCAGCUCUGCCACCAAGAGUCGAUCCUCUGGAAAGGCUAACGCCAGCGACUCGGACAGCGACACCAGCGAAUCGGACGACGACUCUCCCGCAGUUCCUCCAAUCGCGUCAGCUGCUAAGUCUCGGGCCGCAGAGGAGGAGGAAGAUGACGAUGAUGAGUUUGAGGAUGUGGGAGAUGAGCCGAUGGUGAUGGUGGGGGGUCGGCAGUACUCCUACCGGGAUGUCAGCCAGAGGCCAGAGCUGGUGGAGAAGAUGUCUGCACAAGAGAAGGAGGCCUACAUUGAAAAGGGACAAAGCCUCUUCCAGGACAUGUACUUCUGAACAAAUACACACAUUAACACAUAUAUUUACACACAACAAUUUUGGGCAAAUGAGUGUACGCUCACUUUGUGAACACUGGGGAAGUGUUAUGUGGACACGAGUUCUAAGAAGAAUGCAAGAUGCUGCUCAAAAAGUAUUUACAGUUAAAUUGAUGCUCUGACGGUAUAAAAACCAAGAAGAUGCUCGGACAGUGUUGCCUUUCACACCUUUAGUAUUCUGUCUUAAGUGUUUUUUAUUCCCGGUCACAGUAAGGGAACACGAGUGCCAAUUUAUGUUUUUGUCUGUUUUAUUUUCAUUUCAGUUGGACACCGUCUAUAUCAGUCAUGUUUUCCUAUCACAAAUCUCUCAUGCUUCUCACCGGCCAGAUUCUGAUGUUUUUUACAAAACAAGUGUAUGUUAUCACUUCAAGUCUGGAAGUGUAUUGUUUUGACUUGUGACAGCAGUUCUGUGGUUGAAAGCAGGCAGUGUGAGACUGAAGCUGCUGCCGCUCGCACUACUCUGCCCGUGGAGCAAGUUGUUUCUGGCUGAAUACUCCAUCUGUCUGAAACGAGAUCAGACUGGAUUUAAAAGCACAUCUCAGUGCUCAAUGUAUAAUACAAGAGAAACUAGAGAAUAUUGGUUAACUGUUAUGGUUUGAAGCAAAGAAAAUAUGUAAUUCUGAACAAUCUUUAAUAAAAAGAUGCAGGACCAGGCAUAUGUAUGGACAUAUUCUACAUAAACUAAAGCUUUGUCUACCUGCAGCAUAUACACUUACAAGCAAUUUGGAAUAUAACAGUUAAAGGGCACUGUGACAUUUUGUCUUCUUAGAUAGUGAACAACACAGUGUGAAUAACAGGAAUACUAAAUGACCAGCAAACUAUAUCUGUCACUGACAAAGAUAAGGUAAGAGGUCAGUAAUUUAGAAUUACCCUUGUUUUCAUUCUUAAUUAUGUUAUUCUCAUUAAAAUACAUUAUUUUCAGUUUU